AUAAGAGAUGGAGCGCACUCGUCCACCGGCCCCCCUCCUCCUCCUCCUCCUCCUCUUCCUCCAUCACUCCUCCGCCUUCUGGCUCUUCAACGUCAUCUUCCCGCCGAGCGCCAAGCCGCGCCUCCCGCCCACCAACAGCACGCCGCCGCUCAUCAUAGUGCCGGGGAACCUGGGAAACCGGCUGGAGGCCAAGCUGGACAAGCCGAGCCUGGUGCACUGGCUGUGCUACCGCAAGACGGACGACUUCUUCCCGCUGUGGAUCGACCUCAACAUGUUCAUGCCCAUCGGCCUGGACUGCUGGAUCGACAACAUCAGGAUCGUGUACAACCGGACGACGCGGCGGACGUCGAACGCGCCGGGCGUGGAGGUUCGCGUCCCGGGCUUCGGCCAGACCUACCCCAUCGAGUUCCUCGACACCAACCGGCUAACGGGCUACUUCCACACCAUGGUCCAGCACCUGGUGAACAUCGGCUACGUCCGUAACGAGACGGUGCGCGCCGCGCCGUACGACUGGAGGAUCGCCCCGAACGAGCACGACGAGUACUUCGCCCGCCUCAAGGACCUGGUGGAGGAGAUGCACGGAACCUACAACCACCCGGUGUACCUGCUGGGCCACAGCAUGGGCUGCAACUACAUCCUGUACUUCCUGAACCGGCAGACGCAGGCGUGGAAGGACCGCUACAUCAGGGGCUUCAUCUCCCUGGGCGCGCCCUGGGGCGGGGCCGUCAAGCCGCUGCGCGUGCUGGCGUCAGGCGAGAACGACGGCAUCCCGCUGGUGUCGAACAUCAAGAUCCGGGAGGAGCAGCGGAUGACGACCACCAACCCAUGGAUGGUCCCGACCCGGGAGGCGUGGCCGGCGGAUCACGUGUUCAUCUCCACGCCGGCGUUCAACUACACCGUCGGCGACUACCGCCGCUUCUUCCACGACAUCGGCUUCGAGGACGGCUGGUACAUGUACGAGGACACCAAGGAUCUGACCUCGUCCCUACCGGCGCCGGGCGUCGAGGUCCACUGCAUGUACGGGGUGGGGCUCCCGACCCCGGUGACGUACGUGUACGACGACGGCUUCCCCAACGUCGACCCGGUGGAUUUCGUCUACGACGACGGCGACGACACCGUCGAUAGCCGUAGCAUGGGGCUGUGCAAGAGGUGGGUCGGAGCCCAGCGCGCGCCGGUGCGGGUGACGGAGUUCCGGGGCCUGCCGCACCUGGAUAUCGUGUUCGACGCCCGGGUGCUGGCGCAGAUCCAGAGCAUACUGGUCGGCGGGGGCGGCAAGGCGGAGGAGGAGGCGGAGGCGGGGGUGGGGGCGACGUUAGCGCCGGAGGGACGCGCCCCAACGCCCACGCCGGUGCCGGCGCCGGGGCUAUAACCGAACCCCCACGCACCCGUACGGACUCUUCGCCCCCCUGACCUCUACAGCCUGAAACGCGCCGCGACCCCCGCGCUACGCUACGUCAUGUUACGUUAGCCCUGGUCGAGCCGGCAACCUUCUGGUUCCGAGCCCUCGCUCGGGGAGGGGAGGGGGGGAUCGAACCACCCACCUUCUGGUUACAUUACAUUACAUUUCCCCACCCCGCCGUCACGCCGCCAACCUUAGCGUGCAGAUACGGCGCUAACAGGCUAACGCUAUUCCCAAGUUACUUGUCAUAACUGUUAUAAGCUGAGGUUAGCAACAUGCUAUGUAGUUAGUCCCGCCACAGUGCUAACAGGCUAAUGCUAUUCCCCAGCAAAUUGUCAUAAAUGUUACAAGUUAAGGUUAGCGAUGUGCUAUCUUGCAGCGCUGACCACGGUGCUAACAGGCUAACACUAACCCUAAAUGUAACAAUCUGAGGUUAGCGGAGUGCUAUCCAGCUACUCCGACCGCAGUGCUAACAGGCUAACGCUAUUGCCCUGUAACUUGUUAUAAAUGUUAUACGCUGAGGUUAGCAGCAUGCUAUGUAGCUGAACCGCCCACAGCGCUAACAGGCCAAUGCUAACACUAACCCUAACCCUAAAUAUUACAAUCCGAGGUUAGCGGAGCGCCGUCUAGCUGCUCCACCCGCGGCGCUAACAGGCUAACGCUAUUCCCCAGUGACGUGUCAUGAAUGUUACAAGCUUCGGUCGCGACCCCCCGAGGGUCCGGGAGUUGACGGUUUCUCCCCUCCCCUCGCCCCGCUUUUCCCGGGAACCGACCCCAAGACCGCCCGGUCGAACGCUAGAACCGAAUGAGACUCCCUGUUGCAUGCUAACGAAAAGAGCGUUUGUUGCCGUGUUUAUGAAAAUUAAUAAAAGAGUUAUUA